ACGGAAGGCAGCAGUAGGAGAACUUUAACGGUUCAUGACACAUCAUUCACUUUCAUAAAAGCACAGAGACUGAAUGCUGGAAGAACAUAUAUCCACAAAGAUGAUUUUAAAUUGGGCAAAGAUGCUUAUAUUUAUUAUUUUCUUUGAAAAUAUGAAAGAGUGGAAUUCUCAUUCUUCAGAUAACGUCACUGUACCGAGCAUUAUUAAACUUCGGGCUUUGGAUAUGUGGAGACUAGAGAUGAUGUGGAGUAUGAAUCAAACUGAAAUACAGAGAAAUCAGAUGUAUGAAAUACAAGUUGGACGCUCAAAAAACAUGGAUAUUAUCGAUAAAAUCAAUGUAAGUAGGUUUUCACUGGAAGCCGAGUUUUCAGUUCACACAUUGGUUUGGAUAUCACAACUACCGCUGAACUGUGUAGAUCACUCGGUUAGAAUAAGGCACAUCUCUGAUGCUUCACCAUCCAGCUCUUGGAGUUCAUGGAAAACCAAUAAUGGGGUUGUGAACAUGGCUCACGGUGAAAUCAGGAUGUACCCAAAUGGCCAGGUGCUAAAAGAGGGCUCUACAGUGUUCUUCUGCUGUGUUUAUUCCAAAGACGUCCAGGUCACCUCGAUGUUCUUCGGCAACACUGCCUACAAAGUCAUAAACAUAAGCCCGCAGGUUAAAGCCAUUCGAGUGGAAAACAUUAAAGCCACAAACUCAUUUGGUGUAAAUUUCUACUGCGAUAAGAACAACAACAACACUGCUUUAAACUUUGUCACCUUCCCUCCAGAGAAACCCCAGGACAUUAGAUGUGACACCAAAGACAUGAGAUUCGUCUCUUGCUCCUGGAAAUCAGGCAGAGCUCCUAACCUAGGUGGCAGCCGCAAAAGCAAGUACACAUUACUCAUCAGGGACUCCAAAGCUGUCAGUUGUAGUCUGUUUAGGAGCCAUCCUGAAUCCUGCAGUUUUCGAGUCAUCCCAGAGCAGACCACUUACAACAUCACCUUACUUGUGACCAACAGUUUAGGGGAAGAGAAAGAGAGCUACAUAUUCAAUAUCAUAGACAGAGUUUUCCCAGUCCCUGAGCAUGUUGAAGUGACUGCAAGUGUGCUGGAAGCCGUGGUGGUUUUACAGUUGAAUGGGAGUUUCAAAGGACUUUCAUUAAUUUGUCAGAUUGCAUUGGAACCAGGAGGAACAAUACAGGAGUUACAGCAGAAUGGUUCUGACUCAGUGCAACUUUACACAUUCAGACUAAAGCUGCUGCAGCCCAGCACACGAUACUCCACUAGGGGACGCUGUGCUGUACAAGGGAAUGACUGGGGCCGAUGGACACUAUCAAGGCCAUUUGUUACAGAGCCUUUGGUGACAGUGGAUCUCUGGAGACGAAUCAGGGACCAUCCCAAUCGCACUGUCACACUUCUGUGGCACACUGUCAACACUGGUUCAAAGUCAGAUAUUGAAGUCUAUGAGGUGUGUGUGAGCCACAGAGAUCCACCAAAGAGUGUGUGCACGAACUUCAAACAGACAAAGGUGGAUUUAACCGUUGAUGUCCAUGUGUGCGACAUCACCGUGAGGGCUGUGACUCAAAUAGGCUUAUCUGUACCCUCGCACAUCACUAUACCAUCAGCAUAUACAGGGGGCAUGCUGAAGGAAAAGAGGAUUAUGGGUAAUCCAGAGGGAUUCCAGCUCUUGUGGUCAAAGGACUCUGCCACCACGUGUGACUACACUAUAGAAUGGUGCAUGUUGGAAAGUGCACUCUCCUGCACCAUAAAGUGGAGAAAAGUCCCUGCUAAUCAGACAUCAUUAUCACUCAAAACAGGGGAUUUCAAAAUGGGUGUUAGAUACACUUUCACUGUCUAUGGAUGUAACGUUGAGGGACACAGACCUCAUGAGAAACAGAUUGGAUACUUGAAAGAACAAAAACCCAACAAGUACCCUACUCUGGACCCUAAUCCAAGUGUAACUUGGUCUUCUAUAAACCUGAAAUGGAGUUUUAAUGAAGAGGACCCAACUCAUCCUGGAUUCAUCACAGGAUAUAUGAUUACAGUACAGAGAGAUUCAAACAGCGGCUCCAAUCUCAGUUUCUAUCCAAUAGUUGACCCUCACAUCAAGUCUUUUACAUUCAGUGAUGUACAGGAGGACCAACCAUAUAAAUUUCACUUGGCAGCAUGUACGUCUGUGGGCUGUGGACCGGAGACCAGCAGAACCUUCAGAACUGGAAAGAACUAUUAUCUGCUGUCAGCCAAGAUUUUCAUUCCUCUCAUGGUAUUGGUUGGUUGUUGCUUUUGCCUGUGUUCCUACAGAAAAAUGCUCAUUCCUGAGGAAGCAUUUGGCUUUCUGCACAUAAAAUCACUGGACCUGGAUGAGGAUCUUUAUGAGGCAAGUGAAAAAAUCCGUACUCUGAGGAUAGAGGAGUGUAACUGGUGUGAUGUUGAGAUUUCAGACACGCAGACCACCAUGGCAGAAAAAACCUGGCUGACGAGCGCAGAGGAUCCAAGUUGUUCAUUCAUUAGCCCUAACGUUGGAAUUUCCUCAUCCCUGAUGGUACCCUACCAGCUUACCGCAGACAUGUGGGACAGGACAGCCACAAGUCUCAACAACUUCACAUACGUGUCCACUGUGCAACAGGUUUUGCCUGCUGAAAUGUUUAAGACCAUUGAUGAAGAGGGAAUGAAGCAAGAGCCAGAUAACUCAGGGUUUACAAGUGACUAUGUGACUUCAGCAGCCAUAUGAGUGUUCAAAACUCCAUUUUUCAUCUAUAAAUACACUUAAAGCAGUGUUGAAAAUCAAGGGGUGUGAUCUUAUCGCAAAGAUGUUCAGUGAGAUCACAACAUGUCACCUACAGGCACAGUGUGUUUCUAAGGGGCCCCACGUUUUCCGGCCCCUCUCUUCCUUCUGCAAAGCAGGCUUUAAAAACAAGAAGUAUUGCGAAAUGUGAUAUUGCGAUAUUUGAGACUUAAGAUUUUGCAAUUUCUGUCAGGUACUAUAUCAUUUUUUUCCCAUCAUAUGCUAGACCUGUCUGUCAUUAAAAAAGUAAUCUUUUGUCUGUUUUAUAAAAGUUCUGCAUUCUGGGGUUGGAAUAAAAAAUAAAAAAAUAAAUUCUUAAAUAUCAUUUGUAACAAAAAGGUGAUUACCACAGAAAAUAUUUUCGGCUCGUCCCUUGUUUAUUUAUUUAUUUUUUAAAUAGCAUGGUUACAGUUAAGGCAUUUACAAUGAAAUGUAAAUGGGGCCAGUCCACUAGCAUUAAAAUUCAAACUGUUUCAAAAGUAUAGCCACAAGACAAACAUUAUAGGUGUUAAAUUCUACAUUAUCUUAGUGUGAUCAAAUGAUUUACAGAGUUUACCGGUGUUGCAUUGUCAUGGCAACGAAGUUGUAAUAUUGGAUAUAAACAUACUGUGUCUCAAUCAGUUCCCUGGUUUCCUAUGUCAUGAAUCAGUAUAUCGUGAACAUGAAUUCGGUCACUGGUAAGGGUACUGAUCCACUGAACAUUGGGACACUUAUGACUCAAUCACCUGGGGUUGCCUCCCCCCCAUCCCCCCUGGAAUCUAUGCCCCUGGGUAUGUAUUCGCUUUUUCAAGUUUUCCAGUCGGACGGUUAUUUCCUUUUAAAUCCGCAUGUAAGUUUAAACAUUUGUUUAGCGGGUGAUCGACAAGUGAGAGGUGGUACAGGACGCAUCAGGACGCCGUUUUGAACCUCAAAUGCGAUGUGGUGUUUGACUAUCUCUGUAUGUGUUUUUGUGAUCCAAUCUCAAAACAUUUUGCACCCCGUUUACAACUAUAUUUAGCACUGACCAUUUGUGAUCAGAUCAUCUGAAACAUGUCUUAUUACCAGCUGUAAAAAACAGGGUCUAAAAUGAUUGCAGCCAGAGCUAGGGAAUGCUAUAGAACGGCUUCCGGCAGAAGUCCCACCCACAUUUGUUUCCCCAGUAAGACCCCCAGGAAAAAGGUGGAUAGGCAAUUUUACAACUUCCUUACCAUGACGAUGUAAUGUCAACAAACCCUAAAAUGAAUGUAAACAUGACCAUUUAAAGAACUUUACAGCUCAAAUAAUAGAUGAGUUUCAACAGAAGAAUUAAUGUAAGUGCUUUUAUAAAAUUAUAAGCUUCACAUUUUUGUCUUUAAACCCUCCAAAAAUUGGCCACAUUCACUUCCAUUGUAAGUGCCUCACUGUAACCUCGAUUUUUGCUUUUUUUAGGAGUCUAAAUUAAUUUUUGUGUUUAUCAACAUUAUGCCACAAAUGCUGUCGAUUGAGCUUAACUUGUAUUGAACCCGAGAUAUUCCUUUAAGCCCUUUUUUUUACACUAAAUCUGAAAGUCACUUACUUAAUCACAGGAUUUAAAUAUUGUUCUGUUUCUCACCCACACCUGUUUUAUUGCUUAAACACUGGAGUCUUAUGGAUAACCUUUAUGUUUCCUUUAUGUGAUUUUUGGAGCUACAAAUGUCUGAUCACCACUUACUUGCACUGUAUGGACCUACAGAGCUGAAAUAUACUUCUAAAAAUCUUAGUUUGUGUUCAGCUGAAGAAAUAAAGUCAUGCACAUCUGGGAUAGCAUGAGGGUGAGUAAAUGA